GGACAGAACUAUAUCAGUAUAUCGUUUUGAUGCCAGCAAUGUGAUUGCUUUCAUCGUUCUCGUUGGGCCUCAUAAUAAAUAUCGUUGGUGUAAAGUUCUCUUAGUUUUAUUAACGAGUACAAAAUGAAGCUUUUCUCCCCAAAGUAGGCAUGGCAGCUGGUGAGAAUUUAGACUUUGUACCGCAUCGGUUUUGGCAUACAGAUUCCGUGUACAAAUCACAUGUCAAACUUUACAUCGUUGAUAUUGUAUCUUUAUUGGACUACCCGAUGGGGAAAGGAGCCUUUGCCUAUAAGAACCAUCCUGUGUACAGAGUUGACAUCUUGGGAUGGAUUGUGAGAGUGGAGGAAAGAGCAAAGAUGUUCAACUAUGGAGUCGACGACGGAACAGGAGUUGUUAAUUGCUGUUGCUGGAAACCAAAGGGGAGAGAUAAACCAGCAGCUGUCAACCCAGAUUCCUCAUUCCGAGAAUUCGUCACAGACAAAAUACAGACCCACCAGAUGCAGCAGUUAACGUGCAUGGAGCUGGGUGACAUCAUCCAUGUCAGAGGUCGUCUCAAUCGUUAUCGAAACAGAGUGGAGGUAUCUGCAUCCUACUUCAGAAAAGUUGAAGAUCAGUCCUGCAAAGCUGAGAUAUACCGCAUGGAAGAACUACCUAACAUGUACCAGAAUGUGUAUGAUCGGCCUUUUGUUCUCCCAAGCAUUGUUACAAGUCAGUUGCGACUUGAGUCUGAAGAAUCAGAGAGCGGAGUCCAAAGGGAGGCUGACUUGGUGGAUCGGUUAUGCAUUUAUCUGCGCAGUCAACUAGGAGACCCUUCUAACGGAUUCCAAAACUUCUUCCUGAGAGAAUUGGAGACAAUUGAAGCAGUUAUGGACAUAGCAUCGUGUCCGUGUCUGGAGUACAAACAAGAUAGUGUAGGAGGAAAGGCACCCAUCAGACAGAUCCGUAACAUCAUCAAACAAUCAGUAGACCGCUUAGACAGAGAGGGCAUAGUUAUCAGAAGUGGAAACGAAAAAGAGAUGUUCCAGGUAGCUCAGGAAAGUUUGACUUCAUGGCUAGAAAAGACGAUCCUUAAAAUUCUGAGAGCUGAUUGUCAACUUCCCAAAUAUGAGAAAGGCUGCCAUUAUUUGCACGUGAUGGACCGACUGCACAACUUAAACCCUUUCCAGAAUAUUUCAGCUCAAGCUGUCAAACUGGCAUUAGAUCGGCUGGAGGAACAGAGCGAAGUUAUCAGCACAACAUUCAAGCACUUCAUCCCUUUCAGCUGACCAGGAGAAAGAAAAUGGGGACAUUUUUCCUAGGGAUAAGUUGCCUAGUGAUUUGAUCUUACAAUCGCUAAACAAAAUGUCAUUUUCAUUUCAUUUAUUCUGGUUGUGAAGCCAUAGACUCUAAGAAAAGAGUGAACAUAAGAUAAGACUAUAGUCUUAACUCUUUGUGAAAUCCACCCCGGAGCUUCUACCAGGAAUCAUGUCCACACUCUGGCAAUGCCAUAAUUUGAGUCCGGUUGCUAGACUUCUCAGCCAUGACACUCUACAACUGUCAUUUGUAAUAACAGGAACAAGAAAAAAUGAGACAAUACUACAGUUGAUUCAAAUAUUCAAGCAAUCUUUUGUUAUUAGUAUGCAUAUUAUUAGAUUGAUGGUAUUGACUGGUUAUCUUUACUUCAGAGUUCACAGGUACAUGUUUAACUUUCUUGUGCAAAAAGAGGUACAACUGGUAUAAAAGGCUUUACAGGAGAUAUUAUACAAAGUAUUAGACUUAUUGUUACAUAUUGUGUAACCCUUUAGAGACAGUAGCAGCUUGUACCAAAAUGCCCAUAGCGGCCACUACAACAUUUGACCUCCUUUUGGUCAAAUAAGUCAAAGAAAAGGUAUCGGACCGACUUGAAAUUUUCCAACAUAACAUACGUGAAGAAUUUACAAGUCUUAAUCAAACCAUUUAUUUCUGUGUCUAAAGCCCUGUUCGCAUUGGACUUAAUUUGGGUAAACUAACAGAGCCAUUUGGGUAACUUGCCCAUUUUAAGUCCAAUGCGAACAUCCGUCCGUGACCCGAAGAAGCUGACAUGUUUUGUCAUGGAAGAAUAAUACUUUCGUGAUUAUCGAACUAUUCAAUGUUACGCAGGGGGCCAGCUCGGUUAGUUUACCUACGGUCUCGGUUAGUUUAGCCGAGUCAAAUAAAUCCAAGUGCGGAGUUAACCCAUCGGAAUGUUACCCAGCGUCAUGGUUAAGUUACCUAAAAUAUUAGCCCAGUGCGAACACUGCUUUAUUCAUUUUCAUGAUAUUUUGUUCAUGAUAAUCAUGGGACAAGAUUAGCAAUGUCUGGGCAUAUGGUCAGAAAUAAGCGACUUCUAAAGGGUCAACCCAUCUACUGUUUCCAUUGUUCAGUCUUCAAAAUAAACUCGGUCUGGAUUUCAUUAAGCACUAAGAUUUAUCUUCAGACGAGUUGUCAGUAUCACUAUAUUGAUUUGUAUUGUGACAUCACAUUUUGCUUACCAGUUAACUCUUUCAGUGUCAACUUACUUGUGUGUUUUGAACUUACAUGUAAUAAAUUAUAUUUUUUUUCACCAAACAAAAUGUCAAUGUGUUGCUUUGUAGGCCCACCUCCCAAAGUCAUUUUAAAAGCCCUUUUGAGGUAUGGCGGACACAAUGAUAGAACACUAAGGUGCAGAUGCAGUGCACUACUAUCAUGCGCCAUAUCUAAAAAAGGCUAAUAGUAAAAUGUAUCUUGCUGAUUUGUGUUGCUUUGUACUUCCCAAAGCCAAUAGUAAUUCCUGAGAAUGUCCUCUCAUUAGGAGGGCUACAUCUUACAUUUGAUGACCACAGCCUAAUGAUGAUGAUGAUGAAUGCCCUCUCAUAUACCAUGAUGACACUUUCUGAGUACAUACAUGUACAACAGACCUUAUAUGUAGGCCUAUUUUUUAAAGACGUUUCUCUGAAGCGUGAUGGAGCAUUGUUUUUUUGAUGGAUUUGGCGCUAAUAUACAUUUUUGCUAUUAUUAUUUGUAUGUACUGUAUGAUAACGGCGCUUUCUUGUACAUGAAAAUAGAUCAUACAUGAA